AUGUUUGUGCCAGGACCUUUAUUUUCACCAGCAACUAGUUUGUUACUGUUACUAGUAAAUCCAGUAUUUCUUCCGUUAUUUGCUGAAGGUUAUGUAGAAAUUUUGCUUGACUCUGGUGACUUUGGAAAGUAUAAGGGUGAAAAAUAUUUGGAAUUACAAACUGGUGACAAUCUGACAUUAAUUUGUGAUUCUCAUUCCCUUAUCACAUGGUAUGGACCAAAUGGCACCAAAUUAACAGACAGUCAUGCUGGCGGAGUAAGUUUCUUCAUUCCUCUUGUAUGA